UUCCAAUUCGGUCGGCGAUACCUAUAAAUAGAAAUUAAUGAACUCGAUUAGAAUUAUCGUAAAUUUAAAUUAUGAUUAGGAAUUAUCAGUUUGUAUUGGGUAAAUUGUAAAUAAGAUAUUACGGAUUUCUUUCUGUAUUUAGUCGAGUGUAUUUAGUGAUUUUCAUAUUGGUUGGUUGGUACAACUGACGUUUGUGAAAUUGACAUUGACUUUGACAUAUGACACCGAUAAGACAACAAUCGCUAACAUAUACGACCUUUGUUUUCAAUUAGAUCGGUCGAUUUAGGUUUUGUGUACUAGUUUUAAACGAUUAAUUAUGGAAAAUCCCGAGGAAAUAUUUCACAGUCUACAAGAAUUCUCCAAAAUGAAGCCGAAAGACAUUCCGCGCGAACUAGAAGAAUACCUUUGUUUUGUCGCCAAAACGGGCAACACAGUGUACCAAUGGGCAACAAUAAAGAGCCUUUUUCGCGAAAAACUCAUCAAUGUGAUCACGGAGUUUUACGAAUCCUGCUCUUCCAUGGACAUACCGCCUUGUCCCAACGUAGAAAUGUUCAAUUACGACAUGAUGAAGAAUUUCAUACUAGAAAAAUUAGACACGUUCGCCGCGGCCCCUUUCACCGUGCAAAGGAUCUGCGAAUUACUAACGACGCCUCGAAAGGAGUACAAUCGAAUAGACAAAUACAUGCGGGCGUUGGAGAAGAACAUUCUAGUGGUCAGCACGACCGAACCGGGCAGGAGAUCAACCGAGAACGGUGACGGUAUUUUGAACGGCGUGGAAUCCGAACAUCUGCCCGAAACCAGCAACUCUAGUCACGACAUAAACAUAGAAGAUAUGGACGAAAGCGCUUCGAAUUGGGUCAGGCACGAACCGGACCAAACCGCACCAGUUUUAUAUAAAAGUUUAGAAAACGAAGAACAGGCCAAGAAUGAUGUGGAGCCCGAGGCUUCGUCGAAAACCGAACAAGAAUCCAAACAAGAAAUACCAGAAGUACCGGAAGUAGCAUCUAACAGUAGCGAAGAAGAGAUAAAACCACAACCACAAGAGACCGUUAUUACAUGCACUAACGUGGAAGAAACGAUAGAAACCUUCGUAGCCGUUGAUACUCGAGAAUCAAACUAUCAAAAUCUAUCGGAAGAAAGCAGCAGCAAUAGCAGCGAUUCCUCCAGCUCAGCAUCUACCUCAGAUUCGAAAGAGAACACAGAAGAUAAAGAACCAGUCGAAACAUCUCGGCCGGUAAUCAAACCCACCGUUGUACGUCCAUCACAUCUAAUCACCUCAUCGUUAUUACAAUCUGUCAAUUUUCAGGCUAAAGAAGAGGAACAGAUCGAAACAGUGGAAGAAACACCUUUAGUUACCGUAGACGAUAAGCAACUGCCCGAAGAGCCGGUGCUGGAAAUCCAACGGGAAAUCGUCGAGGAAAUUCUGGGGAACUCGUCAGAUACCUUAAACGUAUCGGAAGUGAUAGCCGAGGUGAGUUCAGAAGCCGAGGAAAAAGCUGAUGAGAAACUCGACGAGGAAUCCAAUACAGCCGAAACGCCGGUUAUCGAAAGUGAAGUUCUACCGUCGCGGAAAGAAGAAGAAGAAGUAACCAAAUGCGGAAUUGUAGCGGAUAGUUUGGAAGUAGAAAGCGAGAAGAUAUUAGUUAAAGAGAAAUCGGAGGAAGAAGUAGAUCGACCUAAAGACGUUGUUAAAGACGAGGAGGAAGUUAAAUUGCCAGAAACUACUGUACCUAUGGAAGUGGAGGUGCAAGAUGCAGAUGAAAAGAAAGUCAAACCCGAAGAGUCGAGUUCGGCCGAAGAAACAUUCGCCAAAUUGAUGUGUACGUAUUAUUCGAGGGAUGGUUUUAGCGAAUAGAAUUUUUUUUGUACAUUGAUUUUUUACAGUACUCGUAUCUAAAAGUAAUUGAUGCUUGUUUAUGUUGAAUUUAUGUUAGUAAUAAUCAAUGUACGGAAAAAAACGUGCGUUUAAUUAAAUUGAAUUCUCGAGAUUGUGAUGAUUGUCCGAAAAUUCAACAAUUUACUGUGCGAGGUAAAGAUUACGGUGAUCUCUUAUUGUAUUUUUAAUUUCCAACUUCGCAUUUUCGCAAACUUGAAUUUCGUCGAUUAAGUAUUUUCUUUUCUAUUAGUCUUAAGUUCCUGUAUGUUGCAAGAUACGUGCAAAUGUUCGUUUUUAUUUAGAUCAAACUUUCUUUAGCAGUAACUGUAUCAACCAACAAAUUUCAUCUAAGGUCAUUAGAACAUAACUUAUUAUUGAUAACGCGUUUAAUUAAUUUUAUUUGUAUUCAGGUGCACUUCUAGAAAUACAUGAUUUUAUUAAUACAAGAAUAGUUUUAUUUCGUUUACUGCGCACCGAGGGAAACAGAGCCCAAGCAUCCGUGGUGCACUAAGAAAACUUACUGGUUCUCACCUUACAGAAGAAAUUAAACACCUUGUUUGGGUAAGUUUCUUUAAAUGUUAAUAAUCACUUCUAAAACUAGCCAAAGUGGUCACAACACUCGUAGAAAUGACCACAAACUCUUAUUACUCACAGAAAUAUGAUUAAUAUCUUGUAGAUUACUGACCAUAUUUAUUAGCAAAGAUUAGCUAGAGGAUGGCAUUUCAAAACUUUGUAGGAAAAAACAAUUUUUUCUUACCAAAAAUUAACAUAAAACAUUACGUACCUGAUUCCCUUUAACUUUGAU